AUGCGUAUUACUUGCUCGGUACUCGUGGGGAUCUUAGGGGCAACAUCACAGACUCUGGUGCGGGCUUCACCGGCCACAUCCCUACAUCUCGUGCGGCAGUACGAUGAAGAUGUUGGUGUGAAUGUGGCUGCUGUGGGACAAUGCCCCAUGGAUUGUUGGAACGAAGCAGUGGAGGAAGCAGAAUGCGACCCGAACACGGAUGAUGACUGCUUGUGCGGUCCUUUCUUUGAAGCUGUCACAGACUGUACAAGUGAAUCAUGUAAUACUGAGGACAAUCUCGCUUCCUUCAACCUGCUUGCACUUAGAUCAACGGCCGAUUACCUGAACGACUCUCAAUGUCUAGUGUACGACACUGCGGCCUUGGUGCAUUUAACGCUAUGGCUUAUUUCCUUGGGGCUGGCACUAUUGCAGGCUGCCUAG